AUUCAUUCAAAAUCUGCAGUUGCAUUACUUUAGUUUUGGCAAAUAAACAAAUCAGCAACAGCUGCUUUUACAUUAAAUAGUAAAUAGUGUUAACAACACUUUGGUAAAGCAAAAUACCAAAAUGGGUAAAAGCGAGAAGAAAUCUAAGAAAAAGCACAAGAGCAAGCGCAAAGAGCACAAAGAGAAGCAUAAAGAUAAACCAAAGAAAUCCAAGAGGCAAGAAAAAAUAAAACAAGCAAAGACAGAUACGCCACCUCCACAAGAGAUUCCAGCUCAAGUGGCUACGGUGGACAGUGGAAGCGAGGAUGACUUCGCCAUACCAAUAGCGCUAAUGAAUAGUAAAUCACAUGCGCCGGAAACGCCGGAGGAGUACCAGCGCCGUCAAAGCCAAAUACGCCGUGAAGUAGACCCAGUGACUGGGCGUACGCGCCUCAUCAAAGGCGACAGCGAGAUCCUGGAGGAAAUUGUGAGUAAGGAGCGACAUUGCAAUAUCAACAAGAAGGCAACCAGCACCGAUGGCGACUACUUUGAGUCGCAAUCCUUUGCAGCCGCCAAACGUCGCACGGCCAAGUAGUUCCCUUUUUUUCAUUUAAUACAAUAGGUAUAUAUUUAAAAAUUAAUAACUCUUAAACUAAAUAAACAUUUGUGCAGCAUUGCGAGAAAUGCCAGCUUAAGCUAUUUACAC